UCUCUCCCUCCCUCCCUUCCUUCUCCCUCUCUCUCUCUCUCUCUCUCUCCAGCCGCCACCUUUUUUUGUGCCGCAUCGUCGGUGACCUCACCGCCGGCGACGGGACACAGCAAGCCAGGGUCUACUUCCACAGCAUUCUGCUCUCGUCGAGAGGCGUCGCCCUCCCUCUUCUUCAGCGACCUCUGCCGUUACUGGACUGGCGUCGAGUGGAGCCGGAGGAGAUCCAUCCGUGCUCCUUGGAUCCGUUUCUGCUUUUGAUGGUCAACAUCAUGAUGGCUCCUUCGGGGAGGAAGGAGCCGCAAGUUGCAACCUUCAUCGUGCUAUGCAUCUUGUCGUCCAUUUGCGUCUGCAAAGCGCAAUUCAAGCCUGCUGACAGCUACCUUAUUGACUGCGGGUCCACCAAGAGCACGACGGUCGGCCAGAGGACCUUCGCUGCUGAUGGGGCGUCUCCGGUGACGGUGGACACCUCCCAGGAGAUUCUGGCUGGUACCUCGGCAAAUGGGGUGGCCUCUUUCGAUAACUCGGCGCUUUACCAGACCGCUCGCAUCUUCACCAGCCCGUCGUCCUACACUUUCCCGAUCCAGAAGCAGGGCCGGCAUUUCGUCCGGUUCUACUUCUUCCCCUUUGCCUACCAGAGCUAUGAUCUUUCACUUGCCAAGUUCACCGUGUCUACUCAAGAUGUGCUCCUUCUUACUGAUUUCCAACAGCCAGACAAGACUGCACCGUUGUUCAAGGAGUACUCAUUGAACAUCACCCGUGAUAAGCUUGUGAUUUCCUUCAAGCCGUCGAACGGAAUUGCAUUCAUCAAUGCAAUUGAGGUGGUCUCUGUCCCAGAUAAUCUCAUCGUCGAUAACGCCCAAAUGGUCAACCCUGUGCAGCAGUACAGCGGUUUGUCUACACAGCCACUGGAGACGAUGUAUCGGGUGAACAUGGGUGGUCCAAAAGUCACUCCGGAUAAUGAUACCCUCUCGAGAACCUGGGUUACUGAUCAAAAGUACCUAUUGAACCCAGAUGUGACCAAAAAGGUUGAUUAUGGCAAGGAUGUCAACUAUCAAAAGGGCGGAGCAACUCAGCUGACUGCCCCCAAUAUUGUGUAUGGUACAGCUGCCGAAUUGGCAGCAUCAAAUACUUCCAACGCACUUUUCAACAUGACAUGGCAGUUUGAUGUGGAUGCCGGCUUCAGCUACUUGAUAAGGUUUCACUUCUGUGAUAUAGUCAGCCAGGCACUUAACCAGCUCUACUUCAAUGCAUAUGUUGGGAGCUUCUCUGCGCAGCAAAAUAAUCUGGAUCUUUCAACAAUAUCUGGGAAUCAGUUGGCUACAGCUAUCUAUAUUGAUGCGGUUCUUUCUUCUAAUGAUGCAUCUAGCAAGCUCAGCAUCAGCAUUGGCCCAUCGACAUUGAACAAUGCAUUGCCUGAUGGGAUUCUUAACGGGCUUGAGGUUAUGAAGAUGAGCAGCGGAGGCUCUGCUUUUACUGUUGGGCCUGGUGGUGCAAACAAAAAUUUGGGUGUGAUUCUUGGUUCAGUCCUUGGAGCUGUUGGACUACUGAUAAUUGUCCUUGUCCUUGUACUUCUUUGCCGGAGGAAAAAGACUCUGGAAACGCAGCAUUCAAAGACUUGGAUGCCUUUCUCUAUCAACGGCCUUACCUCACUCAGUACAGGAAGCAGAACUUCUUAUGGUACUACUCUUACAUCAGGGCUGAAUGGAAGCUAUGGAUACCGCUUUGCCUUUAGUGUGCUCCAAGAAGCGACUAACAAUUUUGAUGAGAACUGGGUCAUUGGAGUUGGAGGUUUUGGGAAGGUCUACAAGGGAGUAUUGAGGGAUGAGACCAAGGUUGCAGUGAAGCGUGGAAACCCAAAGUCCCAGCAAGGUCUCAAUGAGUUCCGUACAGAGAUUGAACUCCUCUCGCGGCUGCGCCAUCGCCAUUUGGUGUCUCUGAUUGGGUACUGUGAUGAAAGGAAUGAAAUGAUCUUGGUUUAUGAGUAUAUGGAGAAAGGGACUCUCAAGAGCCAUCUUUAUGGCUCCGAUAACCCCUCACUCAAUUGGAAGCAGCGGUUGGAGGUUUGCAUUGGAGCAGCAAGGGGACUGCAUUAUCUUCAUACUGGUUCCGCAAAGGCCAUUAUCCACCGCGACGUCAAGUCUGCAAACAUAUUGCUUGAUGAGAACCUCCUCUCAAAGGUUGCUGACUUUGGGCUGUCAAAGACUGGGCCUGAGUUGGACCAAACUCAUGUCAGCACGGCAGUGAAGGGUAGCUUUGGGUAUCUUGAUCCUGAAUAUUUCAGAAGGCAGCAGCUGACUGAGAAGUCAGAUGUCUACUCUUUUGGUGUUGUUUUGCUUGAGGUCCUAUGUGCAAGGCCGGUGAUUGACCCUACACUUCCAAGGGAGAUGGUGAACUUGGCAGAAUGGGGAAUGAAGUGGCAGAAGAGAGGAGAGCUGCAACAAAUUGUUGACCAGAGAAUUUCAGCCACCAUCAGACCAGAUUCUCUGAGGAAGUUUGGUGAAACAGUGGAGAAGUGCCUGGCAGAUUACGGUGUGGAGCGGCCAGCGAUGGGAGACGUCCUCUGGAACCUGGAGUAUGUUCUACAGCUUCAAGAUGUGGAUUCUACAGUCUCGGAUGUGAACAGCAUGAACCGUAUUGUGGAACUCCCAUCCCAAGUUCAGAACAUUGGGGCCCUUGAGAGCAUCAGUGUGACAAUGGCAGAAGCUGGAGCUUCAAAUGAGCCUGAUCAUGACCUCUCCGACGUGUCGAUGAGCCGGGUUUUCUCUCAGCUAAUCAAAGCUGAGGGGAGGUAAAGGUGCAUGACACGAUCUGUAGGGUACUGGCGAAGCCUUGAAAGUUAUGUCUUGUCGAAGUUUACCUGAGAGAUCAUGUGUAAUUGUCUUUUUUUUCUUUUUUGUUCUCUAUAAUUGUACUGCACUAUGGUUUCGAUUUUUUACGGUUUUAGCUAUUGUGAGCCUACGCAGCUACAUGUUAGUAGAUAGCUUGUUUCAAUUUGUUUCUGGCUAAGUGCUGGAUUUGAAAAGCUUAGCACUGCAAUUAUGCAAGCACCCAGCCUGACAUUUGAAUGUCUCGCUCUCCAGCUCUUGCUAUCUAUGUAUGACCAUUUUCAUGUAUUUUUCGUGGCAGGUCCUGCACAUACCUAUUUCCUA